AUGUCGGAACACGUCCAGAGGCUCUGCUCGGAAUCGCACAACAGAGCCUUUGCCCGCGCCCGCAACGACCGGCUUAUCAUGAGCAACGCCGUCCCGGAAAUGACGGCCGACGAUGACAAGCCGUAUUGCAUUUGGUAUCCGGACGUGGCCAGCGAAGAAACCUACCGCCGGCUGGCCGAGCGUUACCCCGACAUGCGGUAUGUGGUCGGCCGGGCCUGUGCCGUCGCUGGCUAUGCCGGCCUCUACUACGAACUCGGCCUCCUGCCUGAAGUCUCCAUCGCGGAAGAGACCAGAGACAAUUCCUCAAAAGAGGGAUCGACAGCCAUAUUCGACACCAUCAUGCGCCAGCCUGUGUGUUACGCCAUCCUCGACGACUACGCCCGGUCUUCCCACCCCGAUAGGCCAUCAUCACCCGCCUUCAUGAACGGCGACACAGCUGAAUGGGGUAAGCACUACUUCAACAUCGCCGAAGACUACAACAUCGACGAGACCUCAUCGGAAAAGGCCAACAACGAGGAGCUCGCCCCGGAGCACCUUGAGCUCUUCUACACGCCCCUCCUCUCGCACCUGCCGACCACCAACAAGGACGCACUGAUCCUCAUGGCGGCUUACGAGGGGAAUAUCGAACGAUACGUACGCCUCCGCCGGCCGAGCAUGCUCCACGACGAGCACGCGGCCGUCAUCCGCGGCAUCUACCACAACACCACCUUUGCCAAGUGGUGGUCCCUCCAGGAAAUCGACCCGAGCAACCGUUCCAUCAGGACCGCCGCGCUGGCGCGCUUCAUCAUGGUCAACGACCUGUCGCACAUCACACCCUCCAGCCCCGGCAAACACGAGGUGCCCGCGAUGAUCUGGUGGCCCUUGAUCCCGGCGGAGGAGACGCUGAGGGAGCUCGUCCGCCGCCGGCCGGACAUGAAGCUGCAGGCGGCCAUGGCGUGCAUCGCGGGCGACUACAGAGCCCUCUGGGAGGAUCUCGCGCCGCGGCCGUGCUCGGAGCUCUGGGACCAGGCGCGGCAGACGCAGACUCGCAGCUGGCCAAACAGCCCCAACAGAAACUACUACGUCGACUACCUGGAGCAACACGCCAAGGAGCUGGGUCGCGACAUCGUCGACGUGCGAACAAACUCCGAGUGUGAGGAUGCGGCGGUCCGCGACAAGGAGCCGACGACGACAUGGCUCGACUCCGGGAUCCAUGCGCAUGACUAUGUGUUGAUGGACUCCAAUCCCGACGGCGACGUCUAUUCGGCGGGGGCCCAGGCAAAUGCGGCCAGUUGGGAGCUUUUGAUAUGCUCGAGCGAGGAGAUGAGGCGGCGGGCACGGGAGGAGAACGGUCUUAGACUGUACGAUGACUAG